GAUGGGGAUCUCAGCUGCCGAUUCUCUUUCCACAACGAUAACCCAGCUUCUGGGCCUGGUGGCAGCAGGGAGAAGACAUGGACAAGUUGUCACUGUGUUUCCUGGUCAUCAUCAGCCUCCCUGGUGUUUUUCUCCAAGCAAACCUGAGCAAAAAGGCCUUUGUGUUCCCCCAAGAUUCUGCUAAUUCCUACGUGACCUUGUCUGCUCAGGGCCAGGAGGAGCCACUGAAGGCUUUCACCGUAUGCCUGCGGAGCCAUACCGCCUUGACCCGCACAUAUAGCCUCUUCUCUUAUGCCACCAAGGCACAAACCAAUGAGAUCCUCCUCUUCAGGAACAGCCCUGGUGUGUACAGCGUGUCUGUGGGUGGCGUUGACGCCUACUUCAAUACUCCGGAGAGUAAAUAUGAGCCAAUGCACUUCUGCGCCUCGUGGGAGUCCAGCUCCGGGAUUGUAGAGCUCUGGGUGGAUGGCAAGCCCAUGGCGAGGAAGAGCCUGAGGAAGGGGUACACUCUGGGGGAAGAACCAAGCAUCAUCCUGGGGCAGGAGCAGGAUUCCUACGCUGGGGGCUUUGAUAUCAACCAGUCCUUUGUGGGAGACAUUGGAGAUGUAAGCAUGUGGGACUUUGUGCUGUCGCCAGCCGAAGUCAGAGCUGUCUACAAUGGUCAUAACCUAAGCCCUAAUGUCCUGAACUGGCAGAAUAUGAAGUAUGAAGCACAAGGUGAAGUGUUUGUCAAGACUCAGCUGUGGACCUGAGACCUUUUGUGGGUCCCGAAGUUGCCUCCUGGGGGGGUCACACCUUACAAGGCCCUCGUUCGUCCUGGCUCUGUGGGGGAACCCCUAAGCAUACGAAGGGCUGUGUUUCCCUCUGCCUCCUCCACUCUGUUUUCAACAGCACAAGAGAUAGUGCCUACGCAUCAGAAUCACCAGGCCACACCACCUGAUCUGGGGGAGGGGCACCCGGGUGGCUCAGCUGUUUGAGCACUUGGCUCUUGGUGUUGGCUCAGGUCAUGAGCUCC